AUGCACUACACGUUUCUUGAAACCGUGAAUAGACAGAUGGUCUUUUAUAUCUACAUUAUGCUCGAUGGGAAGCUUGUUCGGUCUACCGAGACCAAAGCUGUGCUUCUUCCCAAGCAGCUUUCCUCCCUCUCCUUGGAGAUGGCAUAUCUCAAAGCUGAUGAGGAUACCAUAAUAUUCAAAUUUACACAGUUUCGAGGCAUCAUAACAGAAACUGUUCUCUACCUGGUCCAGGCCGGGCUCACUGAUGACUCUCUUAAGGAACUGGAGGCAUGCUUCCAAGUUUCUCACAGAGACCUAGUCAAUGAGCCGUUCGAAGUCCAAGUGCUUGAUACUAUUAUAAGUACUGCCACGGCUGCCUUGCGGACUAGGCUCAACGAUAUUAAUUCAGAUUUCGUUCAGAUUGAUUUGGCAAACAGAACAAAGGACGGAGUUAAGGAUCUUCUCUUUCAGUUUCCUGAUCGCCUAUUGGACCUCAGCACCCAGUGUCAAUGCAUUUCACUCGCAAUUUCAGAUCUUCUAGACGACGAGGAUGAGAUUAUUAGUCUUUGUUUCAAGAACAGGCAUUUCCAACGAGACAGACUUUACUUUUGCAAGGUUCAGAAGGAGACCUUCAACAAUGGAAAUGAUUAUCUGCCCUACCCUAUUGACACUCUGGUUAACAUGCUAGAGAUAUACCUCUUUCUUACUAAGGCAAUGAUCUCCACGGUAGAUGUGAUGCGGUCAAACAUCCUCAACACCUUCUCCCUCAGCGAAUUGGAUUUGGAUAAGCGUCGGAAUAAGAUCCUUCGUUUUGAACUACACAUAACAUUUGUUUCGCUAGCUAUCGAGAUUGCAUGCAUGUUUUCCUCUCUUCUGGGCAUGAAUGUGUACAUACCAAACAGCGAGAGUGUCCCUGUUUUCUUUUACACAAGUGGUGGUAUUGUGGCUUUCAGUGUCUGUAUUAUUUUGGUUUGCCUACUUGUGGAACGCAUCAUCAAUCGUAGGCAAGUUAACUGA